GUCAGAGUCAGACCUGCUACGAGCGCACGAGUGUAGUAAACUGCAUUGUUAGUGUUACCACAUCGAUCGGAUCAGAUCGCAUAUUUGAAUAUUUUUAUUUGCUAAAAUGUGAUGUGUGAAGAAUGAUGUUUUGUGAUGUGGACUAUGUGAUAUGGAUACAAUAUGGAUAAAAUCGCACUCGUUUUCUUAUGUUGGAUCACCUUCGCACUGGACACAAGAGCGGAAGCCCUUCGCGGCAAUAUGACACAAGGCUGUGGUGCUGACUCUCAAUGUCUAAGAUGUGGUCCUACAGGAUGCAUCAAAUGUCCAGUAUUGAUAGUGGAAGGAAGUCGGGCCUGCGUCGAUGAUUGUCCUUCUGGCAGAUCAGCUUCCUGGUCUGCUCUUCCAGACUAUAUGGGCAAAGUGUGUCUGAAAACAGGACCAGGUGGAUUAUCUGGUGCGGGUUUAGCUGUAGUAAUAGGCGCUUGUGCAGGAGGAGUUGUCUGCAUCAUUAUUAUAACUGCAGGUAUACUUAUUGCAAAAUACCGUAAACGUCCUCAGAAGAAAAUUAACUCCCAAAGAGCGGAAUUUUUAAAAGAGUUAGAUCGACUACGACCACAAAGUUAUUGCUUGCUGGCAAUUUUGAACGAUAUCCGACGGCAAAUACGAGAAGUACAUGCUAAUGGUGAUACUACUGCGGCUUUAACAUACUGGCCAGUGGUGAGAGAUUUGGCUAAAUUAUUAUAUUUAUUGAAUAGGCCUGUGGAAACAAUUGUUAAUGUUCCCAAUGAUUGGAAGAAGUUGAAUCAGUGGGCCGAAAAGUUAAUAACGCGUUAUAAACAUAUAAGUAAUGAAAGUCAACCGCAGGUAGCACAAUUAAUAAACUUUUUACAAUCGCCUUCUUACGACGAUAAAGCUAUUCAAACGUCUGUGACAACUUUCAAGCCGUCGAAUGGGUUUGGUUCCGCGCUUAGUUUGCAAGACUUUGUCGAGCCGUUCUCAGAUGGAAAUACUAUUACUGCUGAGCAAUGGCAAUUACGAACGAAUGCUGAAGGAGCAGACACCAGCUUAUGGUUGGAAGAUGAGUGUUUUCAACUUGGCUUAAGACCACAAGAUGAAAUCACCACUGAACUAUGAUAACUAUUCGCAAGAAUAAAAAAUUUCUCAUUGCUAGUUCGAAAGACAAAUACCUUUAAAAAAUUAUCCUAAGUUUGUAUAUA